AUGGACGACGCCUUGGUGAAGCCCCAGGCCAAGUUGGGUGGGCUCCUUGGUAGUGGCGAGUCAGGUGCGCGUGAAACGGUUGGUGCCGGCAGGUGUGGGCUAAACGUACUAGGCGACGGUGGUGGCUUGGGCUCCAUGAGGGAGGGUGAUGCUAGAGCGGUCAAUACCGGCUGGGAGGGAGUCGAUGCUGGGCUGGGCAACACCAACCAGGGCAUUGAUGAGCUCAAGCGCAAGUUAGGCGACAACGGUGAGUUGGGCGACGAUAGGCACANUCGAUGCUGGGCUGGGCAACACCAACCAGGGCAUUGA